GCUACAUCCACUUUUGUCAACAAAGCUAUGUCAUCAUUUUCCUAGUCGUGUGAUUGCCUAGCCAACAAAGUUUAAUUAAAGACGAGAUGAAACGAAAAAUAUUAAUUUUGCCGCUUCUAGGGUUAUUUGUGGCGGGUUGCUUUUGUGGAGAUGUCGAUGACGAAGUGAUUACCGGCGUUGAAAAAUACAGAAUUGAGGGAAAAGUAAUACGUCCCGAUUCCUCUUCUCAGCUGAGCCCAUCCGAGUGGUUCGCCAGUACCAAAGUGUUCACCAACAGUGGCCACUAUGGAUUUCUUAAAGAAGAUGGUUCAUUUGUAAUCAACAAUGUUCCUUCUGGUUCUUAUGUUGUCCAUGUCAUGAAUCCUACUUAUAUGUAUGAAGCAUUGAGGGUGGAUAUUAACCAAAAAGGGAAAAUCCGUGCCAGAGCAGUUAAUCAUAUCCAGCCGUCAAAUGUUGUCCAGAUGCCUCAUCCAAUUAGAAUGAAGUCUGUGGGUCCAUAUCGGUAUUAUAUGCAGCGGGAACAAUGGAGAAUCACUGAUUUCUUAAUGAAUCCAAUGGUGCUGAUGACUGUCCUUCCUUUGGCACUAAUGAUGAUUUUACCAAGGUUGAAUGACCCUGAGACCCGAAAGGAAAUGGAGCAAAUUCAGGCACCAAAGUUGGAAACCCCAGAGCUUUCAGAGAUCAUGACUUCUCUGUUUGGAGGUGGUAGCAGUAGCAGUCAGAGUCAAGGAGGUAGCCAACAAAAAAUAAGGUCUAGGCAAAAUAAGAGGAAAGAUAAAUAACGGCACUCCUAAUGUUUAGUACUAUUUUAAUUUGUGAAAUACCCCUUCAGGAGAUUACUGUUGUUUGAUGUUUUAAUGUUCUACAAGAAACUAGCAUAGUAUUUAUGACUUGAGAAUGUAUAUAUCAACAUAUAUAUAUAUAAUGUGAAGGGGAUAUGUUGGUAGCAGAAGUGUUGUUCACAUAUACAUGAGAAAGGAUGUGAAUGUUGGUUUAAUUUGGAGAAAAUUUUAAGACAAAUUAUAAAUACUCUAGUUGACUAUAGAUUGAAAAUUUGAGUUAUUCUUGGAGUAUGUGAUGUAUGCGUGUGGUCAACUUCAGUGGUGUCAAGUAUUGAUUAAAUGCCCAUUCUGAUGUGUAAAUGGUAGAAUCCUUCACAAUGUAUACUGUGAUAAUGUUUUAUGUCAUUUGUACUUCUAAAAAAUGUUUGCUAUUACAGGAUAAGCAUUGGAGGUCUUAAAAGUUGUUUUAUUGUCACUGAAAAAAAUAGUCCUUUAGGAAUUCAUCUUCUUGGUUUGUGUGUUACACAUUUUUAUUUGUCGAGAUGUUUUGUUAGUGCCAUCUUUUGUCUAGGUACAUAAAGUGGACUGCAGUCAUUUUUCUGGUGUUACAGUCAAUUCCUAAGGUUACUAGUGGAACCUGGUUUUAUACAACCUAUUACAUAUAUAAAUACUUUUUUCUUUCCAUUGCAGUGUAGGUUUGACUAUUUACCUUCACCUAUUAGUAAAGCAUUUGUGCAAGAUAUCGCUUGAUGUUUUGAUGUUUUGUGUCAAUCCAAAGAAGUCUAUAUGUAUAGACUCCAAGUAUUAUUAUAUUCAUUGAUGGUUUUUUGAGGCGAUUUAUUUAGGAUGUUUUAUCUGUAACCAUAACCAUAAAAAUAAAAAGCUGAAAAUUGCUAAAUGGAACUUUGUGGUCACCUCUUACUUGUAACAUUUAACAAUUCAUAGAAAAGAUCCUAGAGGACAUUAUACUGUAAUAUUUUCCGCUUCAUAAAGAGUAGAGUCAAUUAGGUCGGAAUGAUUUCGUAGGUGUAAAAUAACAAAUGGAGACAAAAUUUGUAAUCUGUUAGUUUUAUAGAAAAAGGUGACCAAAACAAUUUAUAAAUUGAAAUAUCUGUCAUGAUAAAAAGAUUUCCAUAAUGAGCUCUUGCUAGUAAGGAAUUUCUCGUGUCAGCCACAGCUUAUGUUUUACUAUAAUAUUAGAGCAAAAACGUCUAGGUAAUUAAUAUUUAAGUGGCUUAUCUUGUUUGAGAAAUAGCUAAGCUAUUUUCAGUUAAUAAUACACUUUCUUCAAUGGAAGGUUUUCAAAGAAAUAUUCUUCCUACAAAAGUAAUGUUUGCCCUUUCAUUAUUGUACGGGUGCCAUAUAAAGCAAGAUGGCAAGGUAAUAAAUUUGAGUUGUGACUACUACUUGUAAAAAUUAGGAAGUUGGCAUUCCUUGCUAGUUAGAUUUUCAAGUUAUUUACAUGACAGCCUUCACCAAAGGAGAGUAUAUUUACAGUUCAAAAUAUUGAUGCCCUUAUUUUAUCUUCCCACAUGCCUUUUUUUUCUUUAAAGGGGUAGAAAUCCUGUUUUUGUAAAGGAUUGAGAGAUUUGUUUGUGUAUUUUUACUAGACUUCCUAUUGAGAAAAACAUCUGCAAUUGCUUUGAGUUAAAACUACAUAUGUACUUUUGGUUUUCACAAAUAUAUGACAUCACAGUUAUGGUGGUUAUUUAGAACAGGUAAUGUUGAGCAACUGUUGUUGCACCUCUGUAUGUGAUCAAAAAUUACUUUAUCAAGAAGUUGCCUUUAUAUCACACAGACUUCAGAUUUUGUUAAUAGUAUUAAACUUGAAACUGAAUGAAACAUAAUAAAAUGUUUGUGUUUUCACUACUUGGAGUAUAGGUUUUAUUGCUUUUUAUAAUUUGUAUAUAUGCUAUGUAUGUAUUCCCUUUUUAUGGAAAUAAAUUCGUGUACAUAGAGAGCAGUUACUAUUUAUUCAGCUCAAAAAAAUAACACCAUAAUUUACAAUAAAGUACAACUGAUAUCA